UAACAGUUCUUCCUCAAAGUUAAGUAUGGUGGACGAAGCGAAGCGCGCCUGGCCGCUGUAGGUUAGAUAAAGUGACUUCGAAAGCCGCACACAAGUUCACAAGGUUGGCCGAAAUUUCAUGGAAGAUACUGGCCUGCAUCUCUCAGACAACACCAUUACUGGAAUGCUGGACACUGAGUCCCCUGCCAUGGAGAGCAAUGGGGAUGCCUUUCUUCCUGACCUUCCUGUUCUAGGCCAAACAGCUGACUGGUCCCCGGACCAGGUGACUUCAGAGCCACUCACCAGUAUCUUGCCUGAGGACUCAGAUGCGUCCCAGGAUGCUCCGGGGCAGCAGGAGCAGGAGGAGGAGCUGAACAACCAGAUGAAUUCCACAGAGCUGGGAUCUGUGGAAAAGGCUGUGGAGCAGUUUCAGAUUGCCAGUGCUCAGCUCUUCCAACAGGAGCAGCCUCCACCUCCACCACCACAGCCCGAAGAAGAGGCAGAACAGCCUGAAGAACACAAAACAGACUCUGACAGCCAGGAGAUGAGCGUAGAGCCAGAGCCAGCAGCCACUAUGCAGGAUGGCAGUCAAGAUGGGACUGAGGCACCACAGGUGGCGGAGGAUGGUAUGGAGCUUGAAGAACCACCCAGAGACACAACAGAAGAAGCGACUCCUCCUCCAGAACCACCCAGCGAGUUCGAAAAACUCUACAAAGCUUGCGAGGAGAACCCAGAAGACUUCAAUGGUUGGGUCUACCUGCUGCAGUAUGUGGAGCAAGAGAAUGAACUUUCAGCCGUGAGAAAGUCAUUUGACGUGUUCUUCCUGCGUUAUCCCUACUGCUAUGGCUACUGGAAGAAGUAUGCUGACAUUGAGAAAAAGCACGAGAAUGUUCAGGUUGCAGAAGAGGUAUACAGAAGAGGCUUGCAGGCCAUCCCUCUCAGUGUGGAUCUGUGGCUGCAUUACCUGACCUACAUCAAAGAGAACUCAGACCCAAGUGACCCAGAGACCGAGGGACGCAUUCGAGCUGCCUAUGAACAUGCGGUGGCUGCAGCAGGCACAGACUUUCGCUCAGACCGCCUGUGGGAGGCCUUCGUCAACUGGGAGACAGAGCAGGGGAAACUGGGUAACGUCACUGCCAUCUAUGACCGCAUCUUGGGCAUCCCAACCCAGCUGUAUUCCCAGCACUUCCAGAGGUUUAAAGAUCACGUACAGAGCAACCACCCCAGACACUUCCUGUCAGAAGAGGAGUUUGUCCAGCUGAGGCUGGAGCUCUCUAAAGCCAGCCUAACAUCGAUGAUCGGCGAGGAUGAAGAGACUCCUGUUCCUCAGGAGGAGUUACCACCUGGUACAGAAGAUCUUGCAGACCCUGCUAAGAGGGUGACAGAGAUUGAGAACAUGCGCCACAAGGUCAUCGAGGUUCGGCAGGAAGUGUUCAACCACAACGAACAUGAAGUCAGCAAGCGUUGGACCUUUGAGGAGGGGAUUAAGAGACCGUACUUCCACGUCAAAGCCUUGGAGAAGACCCAGCUGAACAACUGGAAGGAGUACCUGGACUUUGAAAUUGAAAAUGGGACUCCGGAGCGCGUGGUUGUUCUCUUUGAACGAUGCCUCAUCGCUUGUGCACUCUACGAGGAGUUCUGGAUGAAGUAUGCAAAGUAUCUAGAGGGCUACAGCACUGAUGGUGUGAGACAUGUCUACAAGAAGGCGUGCACCAUCCAUUUGCCCAAGAAACCAGCCAUCCACCUGCUGUGGGCAGCCUUCGAGGAGCAGCAAGGUAAUGUAGAGGAGGCUCGUGGCAUCCUGAAGUCCCUGGAAGAGUCUGUCCCAGGUCUGGCCAUGGUGCGUCUUCGGAGGGUCAGUCUCGAGCGUCGCCAUGGGAACUUGGAGGAAGCAGAGGCGCUGUUAAGGGAGGCUAUGGAGUCUGCAAAGAAUGCUACUGAGACGUCAUUCUACGCUGUGAAGCUGGCCAGGCAGAUGAUGAAGGUGCAGAGGAGUCUGAGCAAGGCCAGGAAGGUGCUGCUGGACGCCAUUGAAAAAGACCAGACGAGUCCGAAGCUCUACCUAAACCUGCUUGAGCUGGAAUACAGUGGAGACGUGGCACAGAACGAGGCUGAGAUCUUGGCCUGUUUCGACCGAGCCCUGAAGAGCCAGAUGCCUCUUGAAUCCCGCCUCCUCUUCUGCCAGCGCAAGGUCGAGUUCCUCGAGGACUUUGGCAGUGACAUCAACGUGCUUGUUGCUGCGUACGAGGAACAACAGAAGCUACAGAAAGAAAAUGAACCCUCGAAGAGGAAGGCGGAGAACGGGUAUGACAGCUCUCAGGAGCCUGAUGCUAAGAGACAACGCGUGGACGAUGGUUCCACAGUUGUUGCAGGCGCAGCGACAGACACGACGGCAAACAACUCCGCGUAUAACUACAACUGGUACCAGCAGCAGUACGGCGGAUGGGGACAAAACUCAUGGGGUCAGUACAACCAGUAUGCCGGGUAUAACCAGUACUACCCCCCUCCCCCAACAUGAUGGACGAAAUCCUGACGUGAAGAUGGAGACUCAGAGGAAAGCAUCCUUUCUGACCUGCUCACAUCUCUGAACAGGGCGACUCAACAUGGUGUCAUGGAGAUUUGAAUCCGGCCACAGAAGCUGAUUUUGUUUCCCCCUUGUUUCUGGUGUACUCAUUAGUUCGACCUUGGAGCCACAGGUUGGAGUCUAACACACUCGGCCCUCCGUGACGUCAUGUUGAUCAGUCAUGUUUAAAAAAGAAAAUGCAUUAAUUACUACCUUAGUCAUCUCCAAAACUGGCUGCUUUUUGGGGUUCUUUGAUGCAUGUUAUUUGUGAAGGCAGAUAUAUUUUUUCUCGUGUGAUAAAAGCUUUUUAAUUUCUAGACUGGAUGACUUAGUUUGGUCUCUUUCUUUGUGUUUAAGAUUUAAACUUGUAAUGGAGGCAUUCAUUGAUGUACCUCUGAGUCACGUGUUUCUCUCUCCCGAGCAGAACGAUUUUUAAUAUUUCCUUAUUAUGGUUCCAUAAAGAAAAUGAAGAGUUCCUCCUUUUUUAUUUUGACCUGAUUUCAUAAUAAAGAGAUUGAUAUCCUGGA